ACCAUGAGUUGAAAGUUGAAACAAAUUGGGUGUCACCAUAUGUCCCCUUGUCUGUGCUUCUCUAUUUCCUUUUCGUAGCACUACAUCCAUCACCUUGUCUGUGCGUCUCUGUUUCCUUUUCCUAGUACUACAUCACCACUCUACUCCACAAACUCACUCUCAAUCCUCUACAACUUCAUCUACCCCUACAUCCCAUUUUUGUGCCCACAAAUGGUAAGAACCUACUUCUCUUUUCUCCAUUUUUGCUUCAUGGGAUUUCAGUUUCUUGCGAACCUUUCAUCUGGGUGUCUGUUUUCUGUUCUUUUUCUUUUUGGGAUUUUCUGUCCUUCUCUGUACUUGAAUUUGUGGUUUCUGGGGGUUUUCAUCUCUUGAAUUUGGAAUCAGGACCCUUUUGUUUCCUUUUCUUCUUCUGUUCUUAAGAGGGUCUUCCAAAUUUACCAAUAAUUCUCCUUAGAAAUGGAUAUUUCUGAAUUUUCCCUCUGUUUUGAACUUGGGAGCAAGCUAUGAAGGGGGAAACAACGGCGAUGGAGACUCGUUUGCUUCUUCUUCUCCGUUUUACCUUUUCUUUUUUGGUUAUUUUCUGGAGUAACUGUUGACUUAAAUUAUUUGGAAUUGGUUAUUUAUUUAUUUAUUUUUUGAUGAGUUUAGCUUGUAGUAUAGAUUUUAAUAAAUUAUCUCAUUUCUCUGUAUUAGACACAAUAAGAUUAGGUUGAAAAUUGAAGAUGGUGAGUUCCUUAAUGCCAAUCAUUGUAGAAGGUUGAGUAAGUAUUUGAAAUGAUUGGAAACUAAUGCUAUACUAGAAUACUAGAAUAAUGUUUAGGUUAAGUAAUGGUGUAUUAGGUUUUGUAGGCUAAUUAAUUCAAGAGGCCGCUAUUUAACUCCACUUGAGAAGAUCUUCUCAUGUAUAAAAAGGAGUAUCGAUAAGAACUUGUUUGGGAUAAUUCAAGAGAUCUCGGACUAACAGAUGCACUGCCUGGGAUAAUACAAGCCCUUGCAUAAGCACUGUUCGUGAACAGAUGCACUGUUUUGCCACUUAUGACUAAUGGUUAUUUACAUGAGUGACAGCCAACAUCGACUUAUUUGGCGUUUCUUAUUGUCAACCAAAUAAUCAACCGUCUAAUUCUAAAUCCUAUUUCCAAUAUGCAAUCACCAAAGUUGAAUUUGGAAUGGGAAGAAGAUUCAGAAGUGAGCACCCAAGUUGCUUCUGACAUGGCUGUACCUGAAGCAACCUCUAAUCCCUCGAAGGACAGUAGUAGUACAUCCUGCCUCACCAACUCGAUAAAAGGUAAUACCAAUCAAGGUUUGGUUUCUGUUGACCUGACACUUCAUUUCAACCCAAAUGAUGUCGACGCAAAUGGUAGUGGUGAGACUAGUAGUGAAGCAGUUGGCCAUGUUUCUGGCUCAACAAACCCCAGGAUGUUCUCUUGCAAUUACUGUCGACGUAAAUUCUUUAGCUCUCAGGCCUUGGGUGGCCACCAGAAUGCUCAUAAAAGGGAGAGGACAAUGGCAAAGCGAGCGAUGCGGAUGGGUAUGUUCUCUAAUAGAUAUACUAGCUUGGCUUCACUUCCACUUCAUGGUUCUGCAUAUCGGUCGCUCGGGAUCCAAGCUCAUGCUGCAGUGCACCAUAAAAUCUUACCUGCACAACGGCCAUUUAUUGCUAGAAAUGGAGUCACGUUUGAUGAAGGGUACAUUGGAAUGCCAUUUUUUAUGGAAGAUGAGGAUGUUGCUCCAUUUUGGCCUGGGAGUUUCCGACGAGUAAACGAGAGAUCUACUGGUUCUAUGCCUGGGGAAGUAUCUCAAGUUCCAAGUCCAAAAUCUGGUACGAGCAUGGCACCGCCGAAAAUGAGUUGUUCGCCUGAUCUUACUUUAAGACUCUAAGCUUUUUUGGUUUUGUUGCCUUGAUUCUAAAUAUUUUCCCCAUAUUGGUAAUUAUGUAGAGUGAUGUGCGGUGCAAGCUUUUCAUUGAGUCAUGUAUGUAAUUCUUCUCCGUCUACCAUAACUUGACAUCUUAAGGAACACUCUUAUUUGGAUGGAUGUGGUGUUAGUUGAUUCAUAUAUGAUUAACCUUAACCUUUUUGGAA